AUGUGGACAAGGCAAUGGCGCAGGACCUCCAAUAUGGUAGCAAUUAGCUCCAUUCUCUUGGGGAUGAUGAUCAGCAAGGGCUUUGGCUACUUCCUGACGUCAAUAUCUUGGGCCCCCGUCCUGGCCAAUCGCUUCUGUUUUGUGGAUAACACUGAUGUCUGCCAAGCGGCACCGUCUCCUGACCAGUCUGGGGAAUCUAUUCUCCCCGAGGUGGCCAAAGCACUGAAAUGGUGGUCCAACUGCGUCCGCCUUACCGGUUGCGCCAUCCAACCAGAUAAGUCAUUUAUGUAUCUGAUUGACUUCAAGUGGAAUGCCCAACAGGGUGUAUGGAAAUUCCGGCAGAAGGGGGAUCUCAAACCAUCUCUUCUUUCAACAGGAAUGUCGGAAAUUGCGGUUGAACUGGACAAUCUGGAUGGCACUCCAGUGCAUCUACAGUGGUUGGAGCCGGAUGAAUCGGCAAAGACAUUGGGUAUCCUGAUGUCCCCCUGUUCCAACCGGAAAGCACAACGUGUGGUGAUGAAGGGGAAAGCAAAAGCAUGGGCAAUACAAUGUCCUUCCUCUCCUACACACCACCAUCCAGAAGAGUUUGGAGUACCCAAUGGCGCUCACCUUCUUCUUCCAACUGGAGUGGGAACAGAUGCUAUCUCCAGUUCUUAG